AUGAGUGUCUCUGUGCUGAGCCCCACGAGGCCCCUGGGCAGUGUCUCUGGGCUCCCGCAGGUGGUAUUGUUGGUUGGACAGGUUCUGUUGCUGCUCAAGGCAGCCCAGCUCUACCUGCUCAAAGCUCUCCAGCAGUUCCCAUCCCCUCCCUCCCACUGGCUGUUUGGGCACAACAAGGAGUUCCAAAUGGACCAGGAGCUACAAUCGUUUCAGAAAUGAGUAGAGAAAUCCCCGUGUGCCUGUCCUCUCUGGCUAUGGGGGAGCAGGAUCGAAUUCACUGUUUAUGACCCUGACUACAUGAAGGUGAUCCUGGGAAGAUCAGAUCCAAAGAAUCUGGGUUCAUACAGAUUCCUGGCUCCCUGGAUAAAGCUUCGUGCAGCAGUGGACACGUUCACGUUCGAGGGCCAUGACACCACAGCCAGUGGCAUCUCCUGGGUCCUCUAUGCUCUGGUUGCGUACCCUGAGCACCAGCAGAGGUGCCCCAAGAAGAUCCAGAGCCUCCUGAGGGAUGGUGCCUCCAUCACAUGGAAUCACCUGGAUCAGAUGCUCCACACCACCGUGCGCAUCAAGGAGGCACCGCGACUCUGUCCGCCUGUACCACUGGUCAGCAGAGAGCUCAGCUCGCCCGUCAUUCCCGACGGACGCUCCUUACCCAGAGGUGUGAACUCACCACACGCAGUGAGCUAG